AUGAUUAUAAAAAAAAAAUGGUGUAUAAAGAUAUUUUUAUUUGUAAUUAGUAUUUUGUGUAAAAAAAACAAGUUUUUCAUAAAAGGUUUUAACAAUGAAGGACAUGAAGCAAUAGGUAUGGUAGCUAUGUCUGGAUUAAAAAGUGAACAAUUGUAUGAGUUAAAAAAAUUGUUAAGUGGAAAAGAUUUAGUUGAUUUAGGUAAAUGGGGUCAUUUAGUUCAUGAGAAAAUAAAACAAGCAGAAUCGAUGCAUUUUAAUUUACAAUAUAAUGAUUGCAAAAACAUAAAAUUUACUUGUGAAGAUAAAAAUGGAUUGUGUUUAAUUAAUUCUAUUAAAUAUUUUUAUAAUAAAUUAUUAUUACCUCCUGGUUCAGAUCCUAAUAAUGACAUAACAUUUAAAUAUCCUCGUAAAAUUACAUUCACUGAUUCAGAUUCAUUAAAAUAUCUUGUUACUUUAAUAAGUGAUAUGCAUCAACCACUCAGAAUAUCUUUUCUUAAUGAUAAUGGUGGCAAAAAUAUUAAUGUAACUUUUUAUGACAGUAAAUCAGAAAAAGUGAAAAGCGAUUUAUUUAAAUAUUUGGAAAAUGAAAUUAUAAAUAAAAUGAUUCAAAAAUAUCAAUCAUCUUGGUAUAGUGGAUGGACUCAUGUAAAUAGAAUUUUUAAUGAUCAUAAAAAAGAUGAAGAUUUAUUUAAAAAAAAUGGAAUAGAUGUUAUAUAUAUUUGGGCUAAGGAGAUUGUGAGUGAUUUUUGUUCGGAAUUUUAUAUGGAUAAUUCUAUUGCAAAUUAUAUGACACUUAAAGAAGAAAAAUUUUGUUUUGAUACAACUAAAGAAUUAGAAAUUUCCUAUGAAAUGGAAUUUCUACUUGAAAGAUUAAUAAGAAAUAAUAUUUUAAGAGCAGGUUCAAGAAUAUCUAUUCUGUUAAAUCAUAUUUUUGCAAAAAAAAAAUUCUCCAAUUUUAGAAAAAAAUCAGAAUUUGAUAGAGUCGAAUUUGAAGAAUUAAACAGAUUUAAAACCGAAUCAAUAUAUAAAAAUAAUGCAAUAUAUAUAAAUUUAUUGAUAAUUCUUGUUAUACUGUUUACAAUUUUUUAUUUCAAUUUCAUAAUGAAUAGAAGAAAUAAAAUGAGAUUACCCAGUAAAAUCAAUGAAUCUGAAUUGCAAGAAAAAUGUAAUUGA